UAAUAUUCUUUGAAACUGUGUUACUCUACUGUUACUACUCCGUUCUUGAUCAGAACUUUGAGAUCAUAAACCAAAUCUGCCUCUUUUUUUUGUUCUGUUUGUGUUCAUCGGUUUAGAUAUUGAACUGAGUCAUGAUUAAAUUUCGAUUUUUUGUUGUUGUUGGGUGUUUGAUGUGAUUGCUUAUUUAUUGAUGGUGGAACCAAAGAUUCAAUUUUUGUUGUUGUAAUAAGUUGCAAUGUCUGAGGAGAAUAUUUCACAAGUUGAUGACAAGUGUUGUUUGGAUGAUGCAAACCCCUUGGAGAUCUCUGUGGAAACUAUCCCUCUUAUGGACGAGGAAGUCCAAGGAGAUGAUGUUCUGCUUCCAGCUGCAGAGACCAAUCACGUGAAUUUGAGACGGUGCUCGACUGGAGCAUUGGAUAAACGAGCAGGCAAACCUCAGAUUCAAACCCGUUACCGUGGGAACCAGACGAGUUCGACUCAUGAUCUUUGUAAGCAUGGGAAGAGGCGUGAGGAGGAUUUGGUCAAGCCAUGGAAGUUGGUUCAGAAAAAGAAUGUUGAAAGUGGAGAUUUGGGGAAAGGUGAGCCUUUGAGGAAGUCGUUGGGAAAUGUUUUUAAAUCGGACAAGUCACCAUUGCGGGUUGCAAAGAAAGAAGCUGCUAGUGAUGAGGUUGUCAAAUCUUGUGAUGGUCUUCACGUUAAAAGGAGUGAAACCAAGAGUACUAGUCCAAAUGUUUCAGCUGUUGUAAGAAUGGUCAAGAAGACUAAUCUUGAUGCUAAGAAGGUUUCAAAGAUCAGCGACAACAAGAGUUCUAAAGUGGAUCUUUCGAAGAACUUGAAGAACAAAGAGAAGACAGAGAUUGAUAAACAGGAUAGAUGUGAUGAUUCAUUGGAGAAGACAGAGAUUGAUAAACCGGAUAGAUGUGAUGAUUUAAUGGAGAAGACAAAUCUUGAUGCUAAGAAAGUUUCAAGAAUUGGCGAGAUCAAGAGUUCUAAAGAAAAUCUUUUGAAGAAUCUGAAGAAUAAAGAAAAGACGAAGACUGCUGAACCAGUUAGAUGUGAUGAUGUAAUGAAGAAGACAAUUCCUGAUGUUAAGAAGGUUUCAAGGAUAAGUGAGAUCAAGAGUUCUAAAGAGGAUCUUUCGAAGAAUCUGAAGAACAAAGAGAAGACGAAAAUUGAUGAACCAGUUAGAGUUGAUGAUGCAGUGGAGAAGACAUUGUAUGUUGUUGAAUCAAGUAUUGAGAAGAAGAAGAAGAGCAUCACAAGUUUUAAGAGUGAGAUUCAGCAAUCUGCUGAGAAGAAAAUCUUAAGAAGCACCGAAAAGAAAAGUCUUAGCCUAUCACCGUCUUUGUCCCCAUCCUCGGAGGAGGUUAAAAAAUCACCGGUUACGAAAUCAGAUCCUAAGCCAACAAGGCAGACUACUUCCAGGUCCAAGACUGGAUUGUCUGUGAAGAAAGAAACUGGUUCUGCAAAUCUUGUUACUAAUCCGACGACCGAAAGCAAGAUUAUUAGGCCGAAGAGGAUUGGUUUAAAGGUUACUCCUCCUCCUCCUGCAACGAAGCAGCUGACAAGUUUCAAGAAAGGGAAAAUUCUUGAAUCAAAACCAGAUGAUUCCACUGCGACAUCGAUCAGAUUCAAAAAGAGAAUUGUUCAAGAACCAAAACUCAGAAGUGAUGUAAACAAGAAGAAGAAGAACAUGAAAGAUAAAAGAGAAGGUAUUGGGAAGAUUAAUGGCGAAGGUAAAAGAGAGAAGGUUGUAUUGAGGCAUAGAAAAGUGGAAGUGAAGAAGAAGUUGCAGACUCUUUUCAAUAAUGUGAUUGAAGAGACUGUGAAUAAGCUUGAAGAAGUGAGGAAGAGUAAGGUUAAAGCACUGGUCGGUGCUUUUGAAACUGUAAUCUCACUUCAAGAUAACGACAGAGCAUCUCAGAAGAAGAAGACUCAGAGCAAACCCACAUCUUCACAAGCUGUUGAAGGCUAGUCUUUGAGCUUUAAAAUACAAUAUUUGAGUUAAAAAAACAGAGAAGUUGUGAAUUUGUGAUACAGAAACGUUGUUCAUGAAUCUUUCUUGUGAUGUAAAAUUUUUAAAGAAAUCAUAUAUUUUCCAAUA